GUAGUUUGACUGACAAGCACACAUUGCCUGUGGACAUCUAGGUGAGAAACUGUCUCCCAGGCUUUAUUCAUGAGAGUUGGGUGUUCUCUCUGUCUCCAGAUACAUUGCACCUCAUUCCAGACAAGGACUGAUGAUAGGAAAAGAUAUGAGAUAACAGUGAUAUUGCAGGUUCUUGCUUGAAAAUCUCCAAAUCCACUAUUCCAGCUUUUCGUAAAAGUAUGGAAUUGAAUUCAACAUCUCCUGACCAACAUGGGAACUAUCUGCAUACAGUGGACAUUCAGGAUAGAAGGCACUCCCUUUCUGAGAGACACAACCAAAUGGAGGGGAGAAGAACCUGGGCAGAAUGGAUACAAGAUGUAAAACUCUUCAUCUGGAAUCCAUCCAAAAAAGAAUUUCUAGGAAGAAAUGGGAAAAGCUGGGCCAUGAUUUUAUUAUUUUACCUUCUAUUUUAUGCAUUUUUAACUGGAAUGUUCAGUUUAUGCAUAUAUGGAUUGCUUCUCACAAUAAGUCCCUACGUGCCAACUUACAGAGACAGAGUUUAUCCACCUGGUCUAACAAUAAGACCACACGUCAGUGACUUGCAUUACACAUUUAAUUCUUCAGAGAAUAGCACAUGGUUGCCCUAUGCGGAGAGUCUGCAGACAUUUCUUGAAGCCUAUGACGAUGACACACAAAUAGCUAACAAUGUGGAAUGUACGCCAGGACAGUACUUCCUCCAGGAAGGAGAGGAGCAUGAGGAGAGGAAAGCCUGUCUGUUCCUACGCUCACAACUACAGAACUGCUCUGGAAUUGAGGACCCGACCUUUGGUUUUUCUCAAGGGAAACCAUGUUUCUUGCUAAAGAUGAACCGGAUUCUCGGGUUUAAAGCUGGUUCUGGAACACCAAUAAAUGUGACCUGUGGAAUUUAUAGAGGUGAUGAAAGUCUUUUAGGAGCAGUCAAUUUCUACCCAGCAAAUUACUUUGACCUUAUGUAUUUCCCAUACUAUGGCAAGCUUACACAUGUAAAUUACACUUCACCUCUAGUUGCAAUGCAGUUUGCAGAGGUGGUAAGAGGUCACGAUGUCACCAUCCAAUGCAAAAUACAUGGCCAUGACAUUAUUAAUGAUCAUAAGACGGACCGCUUCCUGGGCAGAGUAGUCUUCAUACUGAAUAUUGGAUGAAUGUGCCCAAAUGUUUAACUUUCUUCAGGAGCCUCACAAAAAAAGCUGUUAACUUACACUGUCAGACUAGUGUGUAUGUACCCUCUAUUGGUGCCUAAAAUGAACAUUCUGUAUAUACAUAAUCUCUAUUCAACUGUCGUGUGUAUAACUUCUUCUUGUAGUGCAGGGGACAUACAGUACAAGCCACAUACUCAACUUCAACAAAGUGUAAGAAAGAGAAGGUUCAACUCAUAAACAGCACUGUAUGUUAUGACUUGGCAAUCCCGUCCAUGUAUAGGUGCCUUCACAUUCACAGGAAAAGCCACAUAUUCGUGAGCUACCACACAGCAGUUUUUAGUUCUCAUUCUAUGACAGCUAAACCUAACAUAAUAGUUGCUCUAUAUAACAGAGCUACUAAUACAAUCACUAAUAUAAUAUAAUCACUAUAUAAUAAGUUCUAAAGCUCUGUUUCAACUAUUGUUCUAUGCCAAAGGUGGCUAAAAGUGGCUAGCUGUAGCGUCCGUCAGCGGGUUUAGGAUGAUAUUUGCCCCUGUGCCCAGGGCGUGUUCCUUAAAUACCUCCCACCGUGAUAAGCUGCUGGAACUUUUACAUGCACAUGUCUAAAUAUUAGUAGCUAUUUAGCAUAAGAGAAACUGUAUUUUAGGUUUAGUGGUCCUAUAAACCUUUAUAUAGAAUGAAUAUGUCAGUAUUAAAUAAUCUAAAACUGUAAGUUAUGUUUAAUUUAAAACCAUUGUGGACACAUUUUUGUGUCUUUUAUUGCAAUAUUAAACAGAUGUUGGUUUACUGUUA